AUGUCUGAAUUUCCAUACACGCCUCUCAACGCCGCCGAAAAGUCUAUCCGAAUCUUGCGGAUUCAAAUGGGAUACUGGCGCGAUGAUAUUGUUUGCUUUCUUGUUGAAUCAUAUGCAAGCCAAGAAGAAGGAUUCGGAUACAAUGCCUUGUCGUACACUUGGGGUGGUCUUGAGCAUACGUUAGACGGAGUCGAGCACCCGCCCCAUAUUUUUCUAGAUUGGCAUAAGUUCGAAGUCGGAGAGAAUUUAUAUUGGGCUAUACAAUAUAUACGACGUGCAGACAAAGACGUAUAUCUAUGGGUUGACGCUAUCUGCAUUAACCAAGAAGACGAACAGGAGAAAGGUCAUCAAGUCAAGCAAAUGGGAGAAAUCUAUAGUGCCGCAGAAGAAGUUUUCAUCUGGCUAGGCCCAAGUAAUGAUGACAUUGGAGUUUUGAUGGAGUGGAUCACUUCGAUUGAUGUACAAGCCACUGAAGCCCAAGCCAUCGGAAACAAUGAGGACUGGAUAAGCCUUUGCAGUCGAUUUAUGGACGUGCGGCCAGAUAAACCCAGCCAAAUAUCACGGUCAAGGCAAAUUGGAGCUCUUACAGAACUUUUGGGAAGACCAUGGUUCAAUAGGGUUUGGAUUCUCCAAGAAGUUGCCAAGGCGAGAACGGCUAAGAUUCUAUGUGGUAUAUUCUCUUGCCCGGCGCGGACUUUUGCACAAAUGCCCUCACUAAUGGGGUUGAAAAUCACUGAGCAUACUCAAGCAGUUCUCGACAUCAUGUCCCGGACCCGCAAAAAUAGCUGGUGGUCUAGGAAGCGUUAUCUUCACUUCCUUCUUAUAAAGUUCGAAAAAAGCCAUGCAUCUGUUGUAAGAGACAAAGUCUACGCCUCACUUGGUAUGUCCGAGGAUGUUGGCAAUCCGGAAAGAUUUUACCCUUGCUACCAGAAAACGGACAACCAAGUCUUUAGAGACACUGUGUGCUUUCUC